AUGAUUACGAUGGAGAAAGUGCGGAAAGCGGGUUAUCGAUCAUCCGGAACUAUAUUCAUAACUUGGUUGAUGUUUUGUGUUUGUUUAACUCCAGAAUCAUAUAACUAUCCACAGAAUGAAGUUCAUUACAACGCAUUUUUCACUUUGUUCUUCUCUGCUAUUGCUCAGCUGAUCCUUCAUCUGUUCUCCGAUCCGCUGACAAUAUUCAGGAAAAGAGAUAAUUGUCCGGAGUCAACGGCUUCCUUUCUCAACAAGACUCUGUUCUAUUGGAUGAACCCCCUGAUCAAGAGAGGGAGGGAUAACGACUUGGACAUAAAUGAUUUGUACGAAUUGGAUGAAGACAUGCAUCCAGAUGUUUUGAAUGAAAAAUGGAAAGCUCAAUGGUCAAAAGCUCUGCGAGAUUUCCAAAUACGCCAACGUGCUUUUCAAAAGAAAAAAGAGGACUCAGCCAAUGAGCCUCUUCUACGUGGAAAAUAUAGGAAACGCUAUCGUCAUUCAGCUGAUCAGGAAGUUCAUGAAAGAAUACCAACGAUGAGUGACGUCAAAUUACCUUCUAUCAUCUGGACUCUUUGGCCGAUUUUUAAAUGGCAACUGCUUGGUACGGCAAUCCUGAAGCUAUUUUCUGAUUUGUUACAAUAUGCAAGUCCUCUUCUGCUCUACUACUUGAUGAUCUUUGCUGAAAGUGAGAAUAAUUCAAUGAUCAUCGGAGUCAUGUAUUCGGUUCUAAUAUUCAUUGCGUCUGAACUCCGUUCCUUAUUUUUCAACGGCUAUAUGUAUUCAAACAUUCGUAUGUCUUGUUGCGUUCAAACAAUACUUACCUCAGCUAUCUAUACAAAGACAUUACGACUUUCAAACAUCGCACGUCGUCAAAGAACUAAUGGACAAGUUAUGAACCUCAUGGCUGUAGAUGUUGAUCAAUUCAGAACACUUAUUCCUCAGCUGCAACAGUUCUGGAGUAGUCCAAUGCAGAUUGUAAUAUGUAUAUUUUAUCUCUACAAGUUGUUAGGAAUAUCUGUAAUAGCUGGAGUUGGAAUGAUGAUUGUGAUAAUGCCAAUUAAUGUACAUAUAACAAGGACAAGCAAGCAGUAUACUAUGGAUCAGAAGAGAUUGAAGGAAGAUCGAGUUCGUUUAACUAAUGAGAUCAUCAAUGGAAUCAAGGUUGUAAAACUCUCUGCAUGGGAGAAGGCUUUGGAAGAUGUCAUCGACGAUAUAAGAACGCAGGAAAUGCAUUUAAUCCGAAAAGCUUCGAUUAUUAAACUUAUUGCCGAUAUGUUAAAUAUGGCUUCCCCUCUAUUGGUGGCAUUUGUUAGUUUUGCUGUUUUCAUCAAAACGAAUCCGGACAAUAGUUUAAAACCAUCAAUUGCUUUUGUAUCGAUGACGUUAUUCAGUCAGCUUAAAAAUCCAUUUUUAGUGGCUUCCAAUCUAAUUCAAUAUCUCAUCCAGUGCUUGGUUUCAAACAAACGAAUCAAAGAGUUUCUUGUGGCUCCUGAAUUGAGACGAAGUGAUAUUGACCGUCAAAUGAGAGCUGAUCUUUUUGAUAAAACCAUUGAAGCUGACAGCGCUUCUUUUGUAUGGGAAGACAAUGCAUCAACUUCAUUACAAAACAUCAAUCUCGAAAUCGAAAGAGGACAACUCAUAGCGCUUGUUGGAACAGUCGCCACAGGUAAAAGCUCGAUUCUUUCCGGACUGUUGGGAGAUAUGGAGAAAAUCCGUGGAUAUAUUGGAGUCCGGGGAAUGAUAGCAUAUGCUAGUCAACAACCAUGGAUUCUUAACAGAACUGUACGUGAAAACAUUCUGAUGGACCAGUCGUAUGAUAAAUUAAUUUAUGAUCAUGUCGUUGAGGGAUGCUCUCUUCUGACUGACUUUGAAAACUUACCAAAUGGAGAUAUGACUGAAAUAGGAGAAAAGGGAAUAAAUCUUUCUGCUGGACAGAAAGCCCGCAUUGCAUUAGCUCGUGCAGUAUAUCAAAACAGGGAUGUUUACUUAUUAGAUGAUCCAUUAUCAGCCGUCGAUGCUAAUGUGGCAAAUCAUAUUUUCAAACAUGUCUUGGGACCAAAUGGUCUAUUAUGUAAAAAGACAAGAGUCAUCAUAACUCAUAACUUGACGUUUCUGAGAGAGUGUGACAAGAUAGCCAUAGUCAUAGAUGGAACUAUAACUCAUUUUGAUACUUAUUCAAACCUUCUCAAGGAUCGCGUAGCUGAUGAUAUACUUAAGAGAACAGUUGAGAAACAAGAAGGUGAUCGAAUGCGUGGACCUGAAUUUCGUAAGCCAUACCGACUUGCUCAGAUGGAAAAGCCAUUCAUUUCGCAUCCUCAUCAAGCGUUACAAAUGAAUAGAAAGGAAGAUUUGACGAAAGAGCUUGCUGAGACAGGACGAGUGAAGCUGUCAGUUUACAUGAGCUAUCUCCAAGCAAUGGGGUUAUUGAAAUGUUGCAUUCCUUUCAUCAUCUGUAUAACACUGAGUGUUGGCUUUGCAAUUGCUCGGGGAAUUUGGUUGGCCAACUGGUCGCAUGAUAGCUUAGUUCAUGAAAAGGACAUCCAGGUUAUGCCUGUCGAUCUGAGACUGUUCGGGUUCUUGUCUUUCGGUGUUAUGGAAGUUUUAACAAUUGUAUUGGGGAUGAUUCUGACAGUCUACGGUGGAGCCAGAGCCUCUCUUGGAUUGCACGAGCCAUUAUUUCAUAAUUUGAUGAGGUGUCCUGUAAGCUUCUUCGACGUUACUCCUCUAAGUAGAAUACUGAAUCGGCUGGGCAAGGAUAUGGAUGUUGUGGAUACAUGGCUAGCUCAGGAGUUUCAAAACUUAGCUAUAGCUUUUUUCAAUCUUAUCCAAGUGUAUAUUAUCAUCUCUCUGUCAUCUCCGCUGUUCAAACUGUUCAUUGUUCCGACGCUUGUGGUCUAUUUGAUUGUCUUAAGAUACUUUGUAAGCACAUCAAGACAAUUGCAAAGAUUAUCCUCUGUCAGUCGUUCACCAAUUUAUUCUCACUUCGGAGAAACGAUCCAAGGGGUAUCAACAAUUCGGGCUUUCGGCUGGACCAAAUGGUUCAUCAAUCAAAACAAAGAGAAAGUUUAUGCUUUUACAAAAUGCUCCUAUUUCUCAAUGCUAUCAACAUGCUGGUUAGGAGUUCGUUUAGAAGUACUGGGAAACUUGUUGAUAUUCGUGACAUGUUUGUUAUGUGUUUGGGCAAAGUUCAAUGAUUCUCUAUCAUCUGGAACCAUCGGGUUAUCUAUCUCAUAUUCUUUGAAUAUAACUUUUAUGAUGAAAUUGUUUAUUCAAUUUCUAUCUCAAAUUGAAUCAAAUUCUGUUUGUGUUGAGAGAAUUCAGGAAUACACGGAAAACACACCGAAUGAAGCUCCUUGGGAUUCAGACCCUAAACCGGCAACCAAAUGGCCAUAUAGAGGGAAAAUUACUUUCCGCCAAUAUUCUGCCAAAUAUCGUUCGGAUCUCGAUCUCGUGUUGAAAAAUCUGAAUCUGACUAUCAAUGCUGGAGAAAAACUUGGAGUUGUGGGACGUAGUGGAUCUGGUAAAUCCUCUUUGGCAUCGGCUCUGUUCCGCAUUUUCGAAGCUGCUGAAGGACAAAUCAUCAUCGAUGAAGUAGACAUUGGAAGAAUAGGGUUGCAUGAUCUGAGAGAACGACUCACAAUCAUUCCACAGGAUCCGGUGUUCUUCUCUGGUACGGUUAGAUUCAACCUGGACCCUUCGGGGAUGUGUGAAGAUGAAUGCUUAUGGGCAGCGUUAGAACAAUCACAUCUGAGAAAGUUUGUAGAGAAGCUUGAAGAUGGCUUAGACCAUCAUCUGGAUGAAAAUGGUGCUAAUCUGAGUGUUGGGCAGCGUCAAUUAAUCUGUUUGGCCCGAGCUCUGAUUCAUAAGAAACGUAUAAUAAUAAUGGACGAACCGACAGCACCUAUUGACUACAACACUGAUCAUGUUAUACAGCAAACCAUUCGGCAUUCGUUUGAUUUCGCAACUGUCAUAACAAUCGCUCAUCGUUUAAACACUGUUUUAGACUGUGACAGAAUAAUUGUUUUGGAAAAAGGAACUAUUGCGGAAGUUGGAACUCCUAUGAGCUUGUUGUCUGAUAAGGAUUCCAUUUUUGCAGAACUAGCUUAUGCUGCUGGUAUUUGUUUCUAG